AUGAACACGAAGACCGUAUUCGCCAUUGCCGCCGCCGCAGAUGUCGGUUCGGCUGCCGCUUCGGGAUCGUCCAGCUCGGCAACGUGCUCUUCGUCGCAGCAGACGACUGCCUACUCGACCCUUGCCAGCGUCAUUACUCUGAGCUCGUUCGACGGCUGCUCGGACGACUCGGGCUUCAACCUCAUGUACUCGUCUUCGAUGCCCGGAUGCAGAAUACGAGAAGAUUCGCUCAUCUCGUCGAUCAUCGAGCUGGACCCUCCUGACUGCGCACUGACCGUACCGACGAGCGGCCUGGUGAUCAACGUGUACGAAAUGGUGAACGGCUUCUCCGCCAAGUGCGCGGCGCUGUCGAGCGACUCGUCCGCAAGCACGAGCACGACCUCGACGGCAUCCAGCGCGAGCGCAGCUGCUACUUCGGCUUCCACUGGUAGUGCAGUCACCACGGCCCCCACUACAUCCAGCACCAGCUCGAACGUGACGACAACGGCGUCUAGUGCCAGCACGAGCGCGACGUCCACUCCGAGCGCUGGAUUGACGGCAUCAAGCGCCAGUGAGGCCACUGUGACCAUCACGUCAACCGAUAACAGCGGGAGUAGCUCCAACAACACGGAGCCGACGGUGACCAUACCGGCUGAGACUUCAAGCUCGGCAUCUACCAGCGAAACGACGAGCAGCAGCACUAGCGCUAGUGCCAGCGCGACGGACAGCGACACUUCGGCCUCCACCUCAUCUGAGAGCUCGAGCGCCAGUACGGCAACGGUGGGCGUUGUGGCAUCCAUGACGACAAUCGUGCUGGUGGCGGCUAGCAUGCUCGUGUAA